AUGUCGCAAAGUCUCCCUUUCGCUCUGAACGAUCCGUCUCUGCUCCAUGAGGCUUCAUUGCUGAAUGGACAAUGGGUGCAGGCGCAGGAAGCUAAACGGUUUGACGUUGAAGACCCUGGGUCCGGCAAGAUCUGGGCUUCUUGCCCUGCCAACCAAGUUGGCGACGUUAAUCAGUACAUCGAAUCAUCACAAACUGCUUUUGACUCUUUCCGCCACACCAACCCACGUGAAAGAGCUAAGAUCCUCCUCAAGUGGCAUGAGUUAAUAACAAAGGCCCGGGAAGACAUAGCCAAGAUUGUUGUCUAUGAAACAGGCAAGCCGAUGUCAGAGGCUGUUGGUGAGGUUGACUAUGCGCUCGGUUUUGCUUGGUGGUUUGCUGGGGAGGCUGAGCGAGUUCGUGGCUCGAUCGCCUUGCCUUCAGUCUCAUCCCGCCGGACGUUCGUUAUCAAGCAGCCAAUUGGCGUUUGUGUCGCUCUGGUACCCUGGAACUUCCCUGUUGCCAUGAUCAUCCGAAAAGUGGCUGCUGCUAUUGCUGCUGGAUGCACAAUGGUUGUCAAGCCUUCACCUGAGACCCCUCUCAGCGUUAUGGCUUUAGCCGAUCUAGCUCUCCGGGCCGGCCUGCCAACAGGUGUACUUAAUAUCAUCUCCACCAGUAAUGAGUAUACGCCAUCCGUCAGCGAGAGGCUCUGCAAGCACCCGUCAGUGCGUAAGGUAACCUUUACUGGCAGUACCAUUGUCGGAAGCAUCGUCGCAAAACAUUGCGCUGAGGGCCUUAAGAAGGUCACAAUGGAGCUCGGCGGCAACUGUCCUUUUAUUGUGUUUGACGACGGCAACCUUGACGAAGCCGUUGCAGCUCUGAUGAUACUUAAGUGGCGGACCGCUGGUCAGGCUUGUACGCAUGCUAACAGGGUUUAUGUACAAAGUGGGGUUUAUGAGACCUUUUGUCAAAAGAUGGUUCAAGCAACCCUUAAGCUCCAGAUUGGGCAUGGCGCAGCCGAUGGGACAACAAUUGGUCCUCUAACAACUUUACGACAAGUUGAAAAGGUAGAGAGGCAUGUUUCUGACGCCCUCAGUAAAGGAGGCAAGUUGCUUUGUGGAGGAAAGAGGCCAGACCAUUGCAAGGGCGGCUAUUUUUUCGAGCCUACUGUUGUUUCCGGGAUGAGCCCAGAUAUGUUGACAACCAAGGAAGAGAUUUUCGGUCCUUUGCUUGGUAUCUACAAGUUUGAAACGGAACAGGAAGUUGUGAAGCUGGCUAAUCACACAUCGAUGGGACUUGCCUCGUACUUUUAUACGAAGGAUGUGAGCCGUACCUGGAGGCUUUUGGAGAGUCUUGAGGCGGGGAUGAUUGGAAUGAAUACUGGUAACGCAUCGUGCGCUGAGUCUCCUUUCGGCGGUAUCAAGGCUUCGGGGUAUGGAAAGGAAGCCGGCAAAGACGUUGCUAUCGAGGAGUAUCUCAUCUCCAAGACCGGCACGCUUACUGUAGAGGCGAUGACAACGGCUUAG